AUGUCACGAGAAGGGUGGCGGGACCUGGCGAACACGGUGGGCGGGUCGGCACGGGAGUCAACUGACCGGCGCAAUGGGGAUGACGAUGACGACGGCAGUGGUGGGCAGGCUGUGCUGGUGCGAGGGGGGCGGCCCAUCGCCAAGAGCAUGCCGCACGCCGGCCAGCCCAUUCUCAGCUUCAACACCGGCUGCCUGACAGAGGAGUACGAGCUGGGGGAGAAGCUGGGAGAGGGGCACUUCGGGUCGACGUACCGGUGCCGGCAGCGGGCGACAGGAAAGGAGUUUGCGGUGAAGCAGAUGAGCAAGACGCGCCUGCUCAUGCUGGGCACGCUGCUGGCGGAGGUGAAGCGCGAGGUGGGCAUUCUGUACCACCUGGCGGGCCACCCCCACGUCGUGCAGGUGGCGGCGGCGUUUGAGGACUCCAAGAGCGUUGCCAUUGUCAUGGAGCUCUGCCAUGGCGGGGAGCUGUACGACAGAAUCAUCGCCAAGGGGCACUACAGUGAAUGCGACGCGGCGCGACUGGUGAGCACGAUAGUGUCGGUGGUGCACUACUGCCACACCAUGAACGUGGUGCACCGCGACCUCAAGCCCGAGAACUUCCUCUUCGCCAACCGCAGCGACGACGCUCCGCUCAAGGCCAUCGACUUUGGCCUCUCGCUCUUCUUCACCCCAGGCGAGCCCAUAUCAGCAGGGCUGGCGGGCAGUCCACUGUAUUUAGCCCCGGAGAUGGUGCGAACCAACGGGUGCCACUACGGGCCGGAGGUGGACGUGUGGAGCGCAGGGGUCAUUCUCUACAUGCUGCUCUGCGGCUACUGCCCCUUCCCCACGGACCUACCUACCAUGGACGAGCUGUUCUGCGCCAUCAUGUACGACGAGAUCGACUACGACAGCGAUCCGUGGCCGUUGAUCUCGCAGCAGGCCAAGGAGGUGGUGCAGGGCAUGCUGGACCGCAACCCCGAGACGCGACUUACAGCCAAGCAAGUGCUAGAGCAUCCGUGGGUGAGUGAGGCGGGGGUGGCACCAGACACACCGCUGGACCCCACAGUGUUCUCCCGCCUCAAGCGAUACGCCGCCAUGACGCACAUCCGCAAGCUCGCCUCGCAGGUGGUGGCGCAGCAGUUGACGGAGGAGGAGAUCCUGGGCAUGAGGGAGAUCUUCAACCAGCUCGACAUGGACCAGAGCGGUUCGCUGUCCCUCGAUGAGAUGCGCCGCGGGCUGCAGAAGAUGGGCGCCCGGAUGAACGAAGGGGAGCUGCGCCAGCUCUACUCCGCUAUGGACGUGAACGACAGUGAGAGCAUCUGCAUGAACGAGUUCUUUGCCGCCACGUUGGGGCUGAACCGCAUGAUCAAGGAGGAGAACCUCCACCAGGCCUUCCAGUACUUUGAUAAGGACGGCAGCGGCUUCAUCACACGCGAUGAGCUCACUCAGGUGUGUGAGGAGUUUGGCAUCGGACCGGAGAACGUGGAGGAGAUGAUGCAGGAGGUGGACGUGAACAAGGACGACCGAAUAGACUACAACGAGUUUGUGACGAUGAUGCACCGCCACAGCGUGCCGGACCACAUCAAGAGCAGCAGCAUCGGCAAGGACAAGCUCGCCCUCCUCAAAGUGCAGAGCUCACUUGAACGAGUCCGCCGCUCCCCCACCAUCUAG